AUGGCCUCUUCGCAACCACAAACAGUCCCAUGCGCCUACAAAACAGGUCGAACGCUCGGACAAGGUACCUAUGCCGUUGUCAAAGAAGCCGUCCACAUCAAGACUGGUCAAUACUAUGCCUGCAAAGUUAUCUCGAGGAAACUCAUGGAAGGACGAGAACACAUGGUUCGCAAUGAAAUUGCUGCACUCAAACGAGUCUCUCAAGGUCAUCGAUCCAUUGUCACCCUGGUCGACUACUUUGAGACAAUGAACAAUCUUUAUCUCGUCACCGACCUCUGCGUUGGAGGUGAACUGUUCGAUCGGAUCUGCGAGAGGGGAAGCUACUACGAGAAGGAUGCCGCUCACCUUGUCCGCACCAUCACGGAUGCUGUUGUCUAUCUUCACGAUCAAGGCAUUGUUCAUCGAGAUCUUAAACCCGAAAACCUUUUGUUCAGAGACAAGACAGAAGAAUCGGACCUUCUGAUCGCUGAUUUCGGUCUCAGUAGGGUAGUGGAUGACGAAAAGAUCACAGUCCUUUCCACAACUUGCGGUACACCUGGCUAUAUGGCCCCUGAAAUCUUCAAAAAGACAGGUCACGGAAAACCAGUAGACAUGUGGGCAAUCGGCGUAAUAACCUACUUCCUCCUCUGUGGUUAUACCCCUUUUGAUCGGGAUACCACCAUGGAAGAGAUGCAAGCCAUCAUCCACGCCGAUUACAGAUUCGAACCUUCAAUGUAUUGGCAAGACGUAAGCGAUAACGCCAAAGAUUUCAUCAACCAACUUCUAACCAUCGACCCAGGCACGAGGUUGACUGCGAAGCAAGCACUGCAACAUCCAUGGUUGCAAUCCGCCGCUCCGAAUGCAAAGACUGCAGAGGGUCAAGCUGAACAGAAGGAUCUCUUGCCAGAUAUCAAGAGCGCUUUCAAUGCAAAGAGAACCUUUAGGAAGGCGGUGAACGGGAUCAGGUUGAUCAAUAGAUUAAGGACAAACGAACACGUGCCCAACAAAGACGAGAUCGAGAAAUUGAGACAGACGAUCAAGGAGGCUGAACAGGAGAGUGACAAUUUGGAUCAGGUUUUGCCUGCUCAGGCUUAG